AUGGAGAAGCUGCUUGCACUGGUCCUCACUCUCACCCUGCUGGCUUUCUCCUCAGAGGCCUCUCCCAUUCUGACGGAAAAGCAGGCCAAACAGCUUCUGAGGUCCCUGCGGCAGGACAGGCCCAGUAAACCUGGAUUCCCUGACGAGCCAAUGAGAGAAUACAUGCACCACCUGCAGGCCCUGGAGCACCGUGCCGAGGAGCAGUUUCUGGAGCACUGGCUGAACCCUCAUUGUAAGUCCCACUGCAACAGGAAUGGGGUCUACCCUGUGUAAAGUGCCUGGGACCCUUGCAAGCAUCUUGACAGGCAGUGACCUGGAGGAUGCUGAGACAGGCAAGGCUCCACCUUCCAUUUGAUCAGAAACUGCAGAAAUGGAUGUCUUCGGACCCCAGGAACUUGUGGCCCUUAUGGACAGGCCAGGAAUUGCCUUGGGGGUGGGUGACCAAUAUGUAGUCUGCUUCAUUUUACUAACCUGCUUACAUCAUGAAAACUAAGGGCUUAAAGUGCAGAGCCCCUGAAGACUGUCUUACUAGGGUGUCAGUGUGGGCAGAACCCAAGUCUUCCCUAGAGGAAUGGAGUAGAGUGUGGAGUGUGGAAGGUACUGGACAGGCUGCCUGUUCUGGGGAUCUUGGGGUCAUCUUGCUCAGAAGUGGGAAACACACUACUUGCAGCUGCUGAAUUUGGGGUCAUCUGUUUUUUUCUUUC